AAACCCAACUAGAAACGAAAGUGAAUUUUAACAACAAAUGCACGAGGGUUAGGGUUCAUAAUAAAAGAAAGGGAAAAGAAAGAGAAGCUGAAUACUUUUCAGUGAUGGCACUUGUACCGUCUCUACAAGCUGGUUCCCUGUUUGGCCAGUACUGUUUUUCUCAUGAUUCAAAAUACAUAAUAUGUUGCUGUGGCGACAGUUUAAAAGUUUUCAACACCACUAAUGGAGAGCUGUUACAUAACCUCAGAGGUCACACAAAAGCUGUCACUGGAGUGGUAUUGAAUCCUAGUAAUGUCUUGCAGAUAUUUUCCUGUGGUCAAGAUGGUUUGCUGAUUUCAUGGGACUACCUUGAUGGCGUGAGACUGAAGCAAUAUAAUCUACAUAUGGCUUUGUAUGGAAUUAUCUCAAUCAAUGCUGACAAAAAGUCUAUCAUGAUGCUAAGUCAGACCACUGAGCAUAAAAAAACAUUCAGUCUUAUGCAGUGGAAGAAGAAAAAAACCAGUAAUGAUUAUUCAAAACCCAAGAUGAUUAUUGAGAAAUGUGAUGGAGACCCAAGAUUAGUUUCGUUUGGGUGUUUAAGAGAAUAUGUGGCGUCAGGACUUAAGCACACACUGGCAAUUUACUCUAUGAAAAAAGGAUCGACAAAAUUUGUAAGUGACCAUGACAAGUUCAACAAAAACAAAGCAAUAACUUGUGUGGCCUGUCACCCAACUGAGUAUUGUAUAGCAACUGGUUUGGAAAAUGGAAAAAUUCUCCUGUGGAACAAUUUUUUCAAAGACAGUCAUCCUGUUAUUUCUGUUAUGCACUGGCACAGCCUACCCGUCUCAUGCAUUGAAUUUACGCCUAAUGGUUCAAACCUGCUGAGUGGUGGAUUUGAAUGUGUGCUAGUGAGGUGGCAGAUGGGCAACCCAAACCAACGGGAUUACAAGCCACGCAUGGGCGCUCCAGUCUCUGAGAUUAUCAUCUCACCUGAUGGAAAUUUCUUUGCAACAAGACAUGCUGACAAUUCAAUCCAGUUACUUGACAUAAAUCUUAAAGUGCUGCAAGUUUACAGAGGAAUGACCAGAACAAAUUUUUGUAGAACUGUUGAUAAGUCACCCAUCUCGAGUGGGCUGAAGUAUGACCCUAGGUCUAGGACUAUUGUGACCAACGGUUUACCUGGGCAUUUACAGUUUUUUUCUCUGUCUUUAAACAAGCAACUUUUUAAUCUUGAUAUCGUAGGUCAAAAUUACAUCUCCCCUGAAAACCUUGACCAGCCUAAAGCCAUCACAGAGAUAAUCUGUACAGCAAUUUCUGGAGAUGGUCAGUGGUUGGCAACAUUUGAGAUGUGGGAUGACGGUCACUUCACGCCAGAGCUCAGACUUAAAUUUUGGUCUUAUAGUUCAGAAGCUCAAACAUAUUCACUGAAUACAACUGUUGAAUACCCACAUGAUCAAAAAAUUACUAGCAUGUUAUUUCGACCAGUAACACAUAAAAAAUCUGGAUUUGAUUCUCCAUCUCUUGUUUCUGUGGGUGAAGAUCAGUGCUUUAAGAUUUGGACAUUGGUGGAUGAUUCAGAUAUAUACAGAAUCAACACACGGUGGAACUGCGAGUCAGUUGGGUUUUAUCGAGGCUUGAACGUUCAUUGUGCAGAUUAUUCUACUGAUGGCUCAACUUUGGCUGUAGGGUUUGAGCAUCUUAUCACAAUUUGGGAUCCUGAUACAAGUGUUGUUCACACAACGCUCUCCAACUGUUUAAAUGAGAGAGAUCCUAUUACUCACUUAAAGUUUGGAAGCCAUGGUAGCUGCCAUCAUUUGAUAUCUGCGUCUGCAAAAAAAUUGAUAUCCAGGGAUCUCUUAACAUUGACAGUUCUCUGGGUCAUCAAGGAUAAUGUCACAUUGCUGUUCAGGGACCCGUCCUCAGACCUCAUGGGAUGUGUGUCCAACAGUCAGACAUUGUGUGUGUUCAGACCAAGCAAUGAGGAAAUUGUAUACAGGCAUGAGAACAUAAGCUGUGCUGAUAUUGUUGAUGCCAUCUUUGUACCUGGGGGCAGACAAGAAGACCUGGCUGAUGUGGGCUGGCCUGGCAGUUCCCAGAUAUAUUUGUAUAACACAGAACAGCAACUGAUCACACUUGAUCUAGAACGUAAUACACGAGACCACAAGGAAAAGAUGAUUAUUGCACAAAAUAUACCACAAAGCAACCUUCGAUUAAUGAUGGCUGAGAAACUAGUUAGAGAAACCAAAGCUGUAGAGCACAAGGAAACUGCUGGGAAAACAAAGUUAGCAGAGGACCCUUUUGCUUCAUUGUUUCUUCACUCUAAUGAACCAGUAUCACUGUUCUGUGACCAGUAUUUAAAUAGUCUACUUGUAAAAAAGAAAUUAAAACACAAAAAAGAAAAAGAUGAUAGUGAUGACAGUAGCAGUGAGGAAGAAUCUUCCAAUUCAGAAUCAGAGAUGCAGGUAGAUAAGCGAGAAUUCAACAAAACAAAAAGGGCAAGGUUAGAUUACGAGAGGACAGAGACCAAGAAAGAAGAGCCAGAAAAUGAUAUGAAUAAACUUUUAUCCUCCACAACAGACUGGGUCAAAUGGUGCUCUUCUUUAAGUUUGAAGUAAAAAAAAAAUUUUAAAUAAAAAAAAUUGGUUAGAAAUAUU